UUGGUGGACGAUGAUACCACGAAGAAGGCCGAAGGCCCUUCCUUACACAUGAACUGGAACUCAGGCUGGAAAGAUAAUCUGGAUGGCAGUGAAGGGGUUAAUGAAUCUGCUGAUAGCCCUCUGUCUAAGCUCAACAUCAAGGUAGAACGGUAGAUGUGUUAGCUUGGCAUGCUCGUGGAGCUACGAUUUUGUGAAAACAGGCAAUGAUAGAUGUGUAUGGAGUCUGAUGAUACUUUAAAUGAGUAGAGUAUCGAAUCUUGGUAGGAACUUCCAUGAAGGCAUUCUGCUUAUGUCCUGUGUGCCUUUGCCAACUCCAGCUUCAGCAUAAGAUUGGUCCAUGGCCUUCUCUCGUUUUCACCACUGUCUUUGAUGCUGUAAUGAACCUCCUCUAAAGCAUUUAAAUCUGAUGAAGUAUCUAAAUACGAGUAGCACAUUAACUGCAAUGAAUGAAGAAACUUUCUUCUUGCUUUUCUGAUUAUACUUAUUCUGUACGGAAAGUGACUAGUAUUGUGUACCGCAAUUGCUAACAUGGGUUAGCAGCAAAUAUUUUAUAUCUUGAUGUUAAGAAGCUGUACACAUUCUUGUUUUUUAACUGGGUUCCUUUGUAAUGAAUUGAAUGGUUGUGAUAUGGUCCCGAGUAUAGGAUUGAGUCACAGGUCGAGAUCCGGACCCGUACUUGGUCAUGCAACACGUAAUGGGGAAAGGGAGGAGGAAAGACUUGUUCUAGACAGAGUCCCAAUUACUCAAUUUUCUUCCCUCUUCAUUGAUAAUAACACUCCUUUUAUAAGGAGUUAAUUACAUGGACUAUUCAAGGAGAAAAAGAAAAAGACAAUCCCUUAAGGAAACAAGGAAUCAAAUAAAUAAAUGCCCUUUAUUUAUUUCUACUUAUAACAGUAGCAAAUUUGGACAGUAGCAGAAUUUGGAUAGUAACCAAAUAGGCAGUAGCAGAUUUAUUCAGUAGCUAAUUAGGUAGUAACAAAAUUGUCAAAUUAGGUAGUAGCAGAUUUAUUCGAAACUAGUAAUUUGCUUCCGAUUAUAGUGACGUCCAACAAAGGCGUCCACAUCAUCACUCCCCUCCUCAAUGUUGAGCUUGUCCCCAAGCUCGAAGGUUGGGUAGACGGAGAGGAACUUCCCGGCCGGUUCCCAAGUAGCAUCUUCAAUGGAGGAACCUGCCCAAUGCACUAAGUACUCCCGUGUCCCUCUGUUAAGACGGCUGCACAGAAUUGUAUGGGGAACAUGUAAAGCUUGACCUUCACACAUCUAAGGUAAGGUUCCCGCAUUAUCUGGUGGAGAGCCCUUAUAUGGCUUUAGCAAUGAGACGUGAAAAACAUCAUGGAUGUGGCUAUCAGGCGGUAAAUGAAGUCUGUAAGCAACAUACCCAAUGCGUGCCGCCACAUGAAAUGAACCGAAAUAUUUGGGAAGCAACUUGUGAUAACGUUGGCGAGCCACCGAUAGUUGGCGAUACGGCUGUAGGCGCAACCAGACCCAGUCACCCACUGCAAAGCUCAAUUCACGGUGAGAGGAGUCAAAAGCCAAUUUGGUCCGCUGUUGGGAUUGCAGUAAACGUGCCCUCGCCACCUGAAGCACCUCAUCCGUCUCCAUCAAGGCACGAUCUACUACAGCAACACGAGUAGAGCCUCCAGAAUAAGAUAGGAGACGAAGGGGCUCUCAUCCAUACACUAGCUGAAAUGGUGACUAAAGCAGUAUGGAAAUAUGUGUUGUAGCAAUACUCAGCCCCAUGGAAGUCAUUCAAGCCAUUUCUACGGUUGAUUCCCAACAAGGCAGAGCAGAUACAUUUCAAUGAUACGAUUAACCACCUUCGUUUGUCCAUCAGUCUGUGGGUGGUAGGCUGAAGAAAAAGAUAUCUUGGUUCCACAAAGUCGGAACAAUUCCCGCCAAAAGGAGCUAAGGAAAACCUUGUCACGAUCAGAGACAAUAGAUUCAGACAUUCCGUGGAGGCGGAAUAUCUUAGUAAAGAAGAUCGUAGCCACUGAGAUCGCUGUAUACGGAUAGGCUAGGGGAAUGAAAUGAGCAUACUUGGAUAAACGGUCCACAAUUACAAACAAGACUGAUUUACCCUUUACCCUCGGAAGACCCUUGAUCCGGUGAAGAGAUUAGGGAGGAGGGCAGUAUGGACAUUUGGCAGGGGUAGGUUUUUGAGAUAAAGGCAGCACUGUUCACAGAAAAAAGGGAGGGGUUUUUUCUCGUGGUUGAGGAGGCCGCCGCCAGCGGAGAUGACGGGAGGUCUUCUUCCUCCCCAUCGGGCACUGUUCGCCGGGGCCAUCGCCGGCCGCCAUCGCCUAGCCUCUUCUCCUCUUCCUCGCGUUGCCGGCUUUCGUUUUCUCUCGCCUGUAGAGAUCUUCAACCGACGCUUCCCAUCACUGCUGUCGCCCCCGGCAGUUGUCACCGUCGCCACUGUCUUCGGCGUUCGACACCACUGCCUUCGGUAUCUAGCUUCGCCACUUCCGGCGUAUACCGUCGUCACGGCUUCCAGCGACAACAGAUGUCGCUGCCGACAUCUCCAGCAGCCGCCAUCACUGCUCCCAGCUGGCGCCGCCCUCCGGCGACCACCAUCGUCAUCCUCCGUCGCUCACUGCAGUCCACAGCAUCCACCGCUGCCUUCCCCCGCGGCCACAGCCGCCGCCGACAGCCGUUGCCUCCCCCUCACGCGUCUACUGCCGCUGUCUUUAGUAGAUAUUGUCACCUUCCAGGUAGCCGCAGCUUGGUACUAUUUGGGUAAUUCCGGCCAUCGCGCCGAGGUAUUUUACUCUUUGCAUCGUUAUCAUCAUGGUGGGUUAUUGGGUUUAUCCGGCCUGCGUGCCGUGUUCCGGCUUGCGAGCCACUGUUGUAUUUUGGCCUGCGAGCCGAGGUUGUAGUCGGAUAGUGCAUCAUCCGAGCCACUGGAGCCAACUACUCACCGA